UUUCCAUCUUUAUACGAUACUCGUCUGCAAGAACAGACUUUAGCGUUGUCACAUUAAUUUGUAAAAGGCUCGGCACCCGCACUCCAGUGUAAAUAUUAUCAAUGGGAUUGUCUCCUCAUCAAGUCAUCCAGUAGUCACCGACUGGGAAGCAGAAUAAAUCCCUUGACGGGGUUCUUACCGAGCGAUGACAUUCUAAAAACGGAUAAGUAAUGACAACGGAAUAGCCGGAACGGACGUUGACGAGACAGCCAUCAGCAUACGGAUCGGCUACUUCAUGUUUGAUAUUUGCAACUAUAUGAAGACUACCAGUGGACACCCUGCGAAUGGUAAUACUAUAACUAAGCGUCGGAUUUAUGGAAAUACUGUAGCGGAUUUCUAGAAAUACAUGUACGACACUGGUAGUGGUUUUCACUGUAAAAAAUCAGUAAGUUGGCGGACUCUAUGAAAAUAUAUUAUUUGGAUUUUGGGAAAUACAAUAAUAGCUGAUGGAAAUACAAUAAUACCUAAUGGAAAAACAAGAAAAGCUGAUGGAAAUACAAGAAAAGCUGAUGGAAAUACAGAAACAGCUGAUGGAAAUACAAUAGCUAAUGAGAAAAAAUAGCGGAAUAAUGGAAAUACUGUAAGUCUUGGCGGCCAUUAGUGUACGAUCUUGGCGCAUUCGGAUAACCACUAAUCGUCGAUAAACUUGCGGGCUGAUGAUCUAUUAAGGAAAUUGCCUGCAUCGAUCUGUCUAGACUGACAGAUGACUGUGAGGACUCGGCUAAUGCGAAUUCUGUUGGGAAGUUUAGUCCGACUGGACGGAACAUGAAGGUUGCUUCAGAUAAUUAGAUUCAUCUUCUUACAACGUGGUCCUGAUAGCAGCGUUCCUCGCAGAUAUUGCAUGGCAGACUUUUUAUUAGUCAUUACCCAUCUCUCUGAGGUUAAUGAUGUGACCGCUACUCCGAACGGGAGUCUAGGAUUAAUUUGUGUCGUUGUGUAUCACUGUAUGGACUCGUUACGCUAAUGUCCCCGUCGUGUUUGGAAUACUACCCCACUUUUCGUUCGCAAGUUCGUGACUUUCACUAUUUUCAUUGAGGCGCGGAGCUUAGUAAUAGUGCAAGAAUUAUGAGGGGGAUUACCUAUCAUUGAUAGAUAGCGUGGUGUGACCGCAAUAUUCCUUUUAACGGAGACCAGGAUUUAUACUUGUAUUGACUUUGUCUUCGUCGCGUUCAGUGGAUUUUACGCUGCUGAUAUCGCGGUGGUUUCGUGUGUUACUUUCAUCAUAUUUCAGUCCGGCGCAGAGCUAUUAAGCCUCCCCUGCCAGAAGAAUAAUUGUCACCUAUAUUUUUGAUGGUGUUACCGCGAUAUCCCUAAUGGAGGCCGGGACUUAAUUUUUCUGCGUUGUUGUGUGUUGACUUGUUACCCAAGCUCCAACGCCGGGGCACCUUUAUCAUGAUAGGAAUACGCUAAGCGUAAAAAACUGAUUCGAAGGAAUUUGGCUACUGACAUCCUGUUGUGCUGAAUUGAAAGUAUUUUUUAAGGAUGGCUACGCACAAUGGAUCCACGGAAUUCUACGUCGAGAUGGUCGGGUAUGUUUACGUCAUGCCCGUCAUCUGUAGCGUGGGGGUUAUCUUAAACUUAUUCAAUCUAUUCGUCCUGACUCGAAAGCAAUUCACAGGCGCCUCGUACUUGCUGAUGUCAGCGUUAGCCAUGGCAGACUUCUGCACUCUGCUGUUUACAGCCCCCAUUGGAAUGAGCCGAUGCGGGGACUGCAUGUUGGACAACGCGGCUUAUUUUCGUAUGUUUUAUGAAGUGUACUUCUACGGUACUAUCACAAAUAUCACAGAAUGCGUCAGUGUUUGGAUAACGUUAGCUCUCAGUGCGGAGAGAUACAUCGCAAUGCAAUACCACGCCCUGGCGAAAACAAAGGGCACCACCCAGAACGCAAAGAUUAUCAUAGCGAUUUUCGUUAUCUGUUCAUUUUGGCUAAACUUUCCUUACUUUUUCAUUUAUUACAUCACAGACGAGCCCAAAAUGGUGAGGACAGAAUUUACGUAUUCUUUGAAUUAUACAAUAUUUUCUUGGAUUCGAGCGACGCUUGUCCAGUUUGCGCCGCUGUUUCUGCUGACGAUCCUGAACGGGAUGUUGAUACACUCAGUGCGCAUGUCAGACAUCCGCAGACGACAAAUGGUAUUCCAAAACACGCGGGAGAACAAGCGAAUACGCGCGCAAGCAAAACUCACGAUCAUGUUGAUAUCCGUCAUAUUCCUAUUCCUGAUUGGAAACAUACCAGUUGCCUUUGCGUAUCAAGGGAUUUAUGGAGCCAUCAACCCAAACUUUACUAAUCAAUCGUACAAAACAUUCAGGGUCGCCACUCAUUGUCUUUCCAUGCUUUCCUACGCUCUCAACUUCGUGCUUUACUGUUCGCUAAACCGCCAUUUUCUGCGGACGUUCAUUGGGAUUUUUCAUUGCAAGCAGGCAAAGAGGACGGUCUUCCCACAAAUUGGGAACAGUGAGAGUUUAUCGGUCAUCAACGGCCAUAACAAUGUCAAUCAUGACGAGAAAAUCGAUAGUAAGAUUUUUAAUUCCAAUAUGAAUCUUGUAGAUUUGAGAAACUGAAGUAGCCAAUUGAUGGAACUGUUAGUAGCUAUUACCAUAAAUUAAUUGGUUUUUCAUCAGUCACCAAUAAUACAAUGUACGUCAGAUCAGUCACAAAAUCCCUGAUUCUGAUGUCACCAGAACCAGAAGUUGGUAGUGCCUUCAUGAAUGCAGUGUAUAUGACAAUACGGGUAGUUAGGAUGAAGUUAAUACACUAGUAUAUCGGAUACCACCAGCCGUUAUGAAAGUAUCGAAACCCGUAUAAAAGUGAUGCCUGAGAUUAGAGGUUUUUAUGACGUCAUUCUGCAUACCCUUCAGUCGAUCUGCUAGGAGAUUGGAGUGGAGAGAAACCCGCUGGUGCAGUUUGUAAUUUGUUCAAGUUGUUAGUAUACUCAUAAAUAGCACUGCAAUCAGCACUUGUUCUGCUAUGAGCAACUUAUAUUACACCCAGUCGAUUUAUUUCGGUGAUUUGAUAUGCUCAUGUGUCAAGGUUAUAAGCAUGACCAAGGUUUCCACUCAUUGCACAAAUUUGCAUUCUUUAUUUACUCCUUCCUUUCCAACAGUCUAUUUGACCUCAGAAGCACAUGUCAUGUCCAAUAACAGAGGCCAAAUUCAUGUACCAAGGAAAAUCGCAAUAUAUAAUGUAUGAUCCAAACAUCAUUAUGUUUGUUCUUUUGGUGAGCGCGGCCAAACCAAAUUGUGAUAAAACAAAGGUAAUUCGAUGAGAGCACCAAGAAGCAAGGGACCCAACAACCGGCCGCGAAUUCCAAAAGCAUCAGAUAAGAACUGGGUGUGCGUGCCUUCAUCGGUAUAGAGACGCCACCUUUAAUGAAGGGGCAAACGCCGCGCUGGUGGGCACGCAUGCGAGGUUGUUUUUCGAAAUAAAAAUGAGGACUAUUUAGCAUUUAUCGUAGACGUAGUAUCGGCAAUGAUUAUAUUAAGAGACUCAGUUGAUAUAAUGAAAAUAAUAGACAGA